UCCACUUUAAUUAGUCCUAUAAACACGAAACUUCAUCACCUUGGAAUUUUGCAAAGGCAUGUUUCGGAACAACAUUCUUCCCAUCAUUUCAGCCUGUUCUGUAGGAAUAGGUGCGUACCUCGGAGCAAAAUAUGAACGGAUGAAAAACCAACCAGAACGAACGAAUCUCGACAUAAAAGACUUAUUUCCGUCGAUCUUUGAGGCUGUCCAUGCAUCUUCAUCUCUGACUCAAUUUGGUGCUCCGGUUGGUUCGCCUCAAAGUUCAAACGCCUCGACGAUCAUGAAAUAUGGGUUUCCAUCCCUUGACAACGUAAGAACAUUCAAUGACUUCGUUCUAGCCUACGACCGACGAAACCGAAACGCUCAUUGGGUGUUUGAACAUUUGUCACCGGAAAAACUUCCUUCAAGCAAACAUGCAGAUCGCGGCAAAUCAAAUUUCUUCGAAGAUAAAGUGAUACAUGAGAAAUUCAGAAGCUACCGUGAUGACUAUAAACGCAGCGGGUACGAUCGGGGUCACCUUGCCGCUGCGGGCAAUCACCGACACAGCCAACAGGCUAUGGACGAAACUUUCACCCUCAGCAACAUUUCUCCUCAAGUUGGUGAGGGCUUCAACCGCGGAAUUUGGAAUAACUUGGAGAAGUACGUUCGCAGCAUCGCACGGAAAAAUCGCAACACCUAUGUCUGCACGGGUCCACUGUAUCUACCAAGACGAGAAUCUGACGGCAAGAUGUAUGUGAAAUACGAAGUCAUAGGCCAGAAUAACGUCGCCGUACCAACACAUUUCUUCAAAGUUGUUGCUAUAGAAACGAACGCUGGUGAUUUCGAGAUUCUAUCUUAUGUGUUGCCAAAUCAGCCUUUGAAAGACGAUACAUCGUUUAAAACAUUUUUGACGCCGCUAGAUUCUGUGGAAAGAGCUGCCGGACUUUUAAUGUUUGAUAAAUUGCCUGUAAAUAGAGUGAAACUUAUAAACCAUCAACGUCCAAGAUAAUACAGUGCUUAUGGUAAUACAUUUGUUUGAAGAAAA